AUGAAAGCAACAGAGCCUGUUGCGAUUAUUGGCACAGGAUGCCGCUUCCCCGGGGGCGCUUCUUCCCCUGCUAAACUAUGGGAACUUCUCCGAAAUCCCCGGGAGAUCGCGCGCAAGAUACCAGCCAACCGAUUCAAUAUCGACGCUUUUUAUCAUCCAGACGGAGACCAUCAUGGCACGACAAACGUCCAGGAAUCAUAUUUUUUGGACGAGGAUAUCCGAGCCUUCGACGCAGCCUUCUUCAAUAUCUCGCCGACGGAAGCGGCGGCGAUGGAUCCGCAACAGCGAUUACUCCUCGAGACAGUGUACGAAUCGCUGGACGCCGCGGGGUUACGGAUGGAUGCGCUGCAGGGCUCAAUGACCGGGGUAUUCUGUGGUGCCCUUCGCAAUGACUACAGUCAAAUCCAGGCCAUGGAUCCCCAGGCCCUCCCAGCGUACAUGGUCACGGGCAACUCGCCGUCAAUCAUGGCCAAUCGCAUCUCCUACUACUUUGACUGGCGUGGUCCCUCCAUGACAGUUGAUACCGGAUGUUCGUCGAGUCUACUAGCUGUCCAUCUCGGAGUCGAAGCUUUGCAGAAUGACGACUGUUCCCUGGCAGUGGCAGUAGGGAGCAACCUGAUACUGUCACCCAAUGCCUAUAUCGCAGACUCUAAAACACGGAUGCUGUCCCCUACCGGUCGGAGUCGCAUGUGGGACAGCAAGGCUGACGGCUACGCACGCGGCGAAGGGGUUGCAUCGGUGGUUUUGAAACGGCUGCGGGACGCAAUCAUCGAUGGGGACCCCAUUGAGUGCGUGAUCCGAGCCUCCGGGGCGAAUUCGGACGGACGAACCAUGGGGAUUACUAUGCCUAAUGCCAAGGCACAGCAGUCAUUGAUCCUCGCAACCUACGCACGCGCGGGCCUAUCUCCUCAAGACCGGCCCGCGGAUCGGUGCCAGUAUUUCGAGGCUCAUGGGACAGGGACCCAGGCCGGAGAUCCCCAGGAAGCGGCUGCAAUCCACGCGAGCUUCUUUGGGCCUGAAUGCGUCCCCGAUCCGCCUAAUCGACUGUAUGUGGGAUCGAUCAAGACGAUUGUUGGGCAUACAGAAGCCACUGCUGGACUGGCGGGAUUGAUCAAGGCUUCCCUGUCGCUGCAACACGGGAUGAUCGUCCCUAAUCUCCUGAUGAAGCAGGUCAAUCCAAAGAUAGAACCGUUUGCCGCUCAGCUAUGUGUCCCAACGGAGUGUGUUCCGUGGCCUGCGGUCCCAGAGGGGUGUCCCCGCCGAGCCUCGGUGAACUCCUUCGGUUUUGGGGGCGCCAAUGUGCACGUUGUCCUCGAAAGCUACACUCCCCGGGACUUCAGUCAGUCCCGCGGCUUGCCCUCCAGCCUGCCCUUCGUCUUCUCGGCUGCCUCGGAGCGAACAUUGACAUUCGUCCUGGAAUCCUACGCGAGAUUCCUGCGGGAACACGCAGCAGUCAGUCUUCUUGGUCUGGCGGUAUCCUUGUGGACUCGACGUUCCACUCAUCGCCACCGCCUGACGCUGAUAGCGCACUCGCUACAGGAAUUACAAGACCAGAUUGACACCGAACUAAGUCGAAGGGCCACGGGUAAACCCUCCUCCAUCGUCUCCAGAUCCAGCAGUCGGCCCAGGCGCGUCAUGGGCAUCUUUACGGGCCAAGGAGUCCAGUGGCCGCAAAUGGGGCUCGACCUGGUCGAGGUAAGUCCUCAGAUUCGACAAUGGAUGGCUGAUCUGCAGGAAGCUCUGCAUCAACUCCCUCUGGAAUUUCGCCCGGGAUUCUCUCUUCUCGAGGAAUUGUCACGACCGGCAUCCUCUUCGCGUAUACACGAGGGUCUUCUCUCUCUCCCUCUACGGACAGCGUUGCAAAUCAUGCAAGUCAAUAUCCUUCGUGCGGUAGGGAUUGAAUUCACCCUUGUCGUCGGCCACUCCUCCGGGGAGAUUGUAGCAGCCUAUGCUGCGGGUGUGCUGAAGGCCUCGGAUGCCAUCCGCAUUGCAUACCUUCGGGGAAGAGCGAUCGACCAGUCGCGGGAUUCAACGGGUCGGAUGAUGGCCGUCAAUCUGACGUGGCAGCAGGCACAGGCCGUUUGCGCCCUAGAACCCUAUUCCGGACGCAUCAGCGUUGCGGCCGCCAACUCCCCGUCCAGUGUCACCUUGUCCGGUGACGCAGAGUGCCUGCGGGAGUUGGAGUGGCUGCUGAAGAGCCUGGGCCUGACUCCGCGCAUGCUUCGAGUGGACACCGCAUAUCACUCUCCUCACAUGAAGCCGUGCGCGGACCCAUAUCGUCAGGCAAUGCAAGCCUGUCCCGUCGCUCUGGCACCGUCUACCGCUCGCUGGUACUCUAGCGUCUACCCCCGGGAGGUCAUGACUGGGCAUGAUCAGAACCAACUGACGGGAGAGUACUGGGUCGAGAAUAUGCUACGUCCCGUCCAGUUCUCCCAGGCCUUGGAGGCCGCCGUACGAGAGGCCGGACCACCAGAUGUCAUCGUCGAGGUCGGGCCACAUCCGACCCUCAGAGGACCCGUCCUCCAAACCUUGUCCAAUGUGCACUCGGCCCACUCAACAAUCCCAUAUCUUGCCCUUGCUGAGAGAGGAAAGUCCGGCCCUGAUUGCUGGGCAAUGGCCCUGGGAUCGGCCUGGGCGCAUCUCGGCCCCAAUAUCGUCCGUCUCGCAGACUAUGUCUCCCUGUUUGAUCCAAGCCAGUCACAUGUGCCGGUAGAAUCGCUACCACUCUACCCUUUCGAUCACUCCCAGACCUACUGGGCCCAGUCACGAAUAUCAUUGAACUAUAGCCAUUGUGUUACACCUCCGAACGCCCUCCUCGGUGCUCUCAGUCCGGAGACCGGACCAGGAGAGUUCCGUUGGCGAAACUACCUGCGGCCAGAGGAGCUGCCCUGGUUGGCAGACCGUCGUGUCGGAUCGAGACCUGUCUUCCCUGAGACUGGAUAUAUAUCGAUGGCACUGGAGGCGGGGAUGAUAAUGGCAGAGACUAAGGGACUCCGCUUGCUGAGUGUUAAGGAUUUAACCGUCCACACGCCGCUCCCCAUCCAGAACGAUCCCAUCGGCACGGAAGUGCUUGUCACUGUGGAUGGUAUUCUCUCGCGUGACGGAGUCAUUUCCGCCCUCUUCCGCUGCGAGGCUGCUGUAUCAGGAGAGUUCGUUGAGUGUGCAUCAGCCAAGAUGAUCAUGCAUCCAGGGGAUCCAGACCGUGCCCUCCUCCCCCCACAAGGCCAGCUGGCUCCGGCGAUAGUACCCGUGGACACCACCGAGUUCUAUGAUAGCCUGCGUCGCGUGGACUAUCACUGCACUGGAUCGUUUGCUGGGUUGGCAGGACUCCACCGACGGCGGGAUCUCGCCGCCGGAACCGUGCUCGUUCCUUCGAGAGAUCCUGACGGGCCUAUUACUCUCCAUCCCACAAUCUUAGAGCUCGCUAUUCAAGCAAUGAUUGCCGCGUUGGGUGCGCCCAACGAGGGGCUGCUGACGGGACCGUUCCUGUCAAAAACUGUCGACAGUAUCUGGGUCAACCCUGCCUUGUGUGCCUCUGGAAAGGAAAUGACGGUAGUCAGCUAUCUGACUGAUGUCGACGGGGAUCAUAUCCGCGGUGAUAUCGACAUUUUUACGAUGGAUGGGCAAAAGGUCGUCCAGCUCGAAGGCGUUUGCCUCGUAUCCCAGCCAUCUGGGAAUGCACCGAAUGAUACGCAGGUCCUUUCCCAGACCGAGUGGGGGCCUCUUGAGCCCACUCUGAAGGGGACAUCACACCCAUUGCCAGCGGAUCUUCUACAGCUACAGUCUCUCCGAGAGGAGCUUGCCCUACUGUAUAUCCAGCGGGCCAGUGAUCGACUGACCGACUCGGAGAGGGAUGGAUUGGAUUGUGGUGGCACUCGUCUGCUUGCGUGGAUGAGCCAAUGCAUUGCGAAUGCUCGCGAGGGACUACAUCUUGUAGGCUCAUCCGAACGGUUGGACCAGAGCAUUGAGGCCUUCAAGGCUCGAGUGGGCCCCUCAAUAGAGGACCCCGGUCUCAGGGCGAUUGCUGCGGUGGGCCAACGACUGCCUCGCGUCGUGCGUGAGUCGGGUCCGCAAAGACAGGCCUGGCCAGGCGUCGACGAGGGAAAUGAAUAUCUGAAGCACGACGUGCAGGUAUCCCACCUGGUAAACAAUCUCGUCUCUGUGGUCAGUCAGACGUGUUUCCGCUUUCCGCAGAUGGACAUCCUUCAGAUCGGCACACUGGGAGGUUCUGUUCACUCUGUACUGGGGAAGAUGGGUCGGAGCUUCCGGUCAUUCACUUAUGCAGCGCUCACUCCUUCGGGCCUACGGAUGGAUGGGGACGACCUUGAGCGACCUAGCGAGGUGCAGCACAAGACUUUGGAUAUCGAUCGGAAUCCUCUCGAGCAGGGCCACCGGGAGCAAUCCUACGGUAUGGUGCUUUUUACCGCUGCGGGAUUCCCCCGAGAGGUUGCAGUGGCCCAUAUCCGUCGCUUGCUCAAGCCCCGGGGAUUCCUGGUCCUACUGGUGCGAACGAACCCCGAUAGCACACAUUUGAAUCUCCUAUUCGGCCCUCCUGCGAGAUGCAUAGAGACCGGGAAAGGGCACUGCUCUGGUGAACAAGUCACCACCAGGGAGCACUGGGCUGAGCUACUGUCUACAAACGGUUUCUGCGUGGAGUCGCUCGAUACGCCCCAAGAAACUGCGAGCCUCCAGGGCUUCUCAUUCCUCCUCUGCCGGGCACCGGACAAUCACAAGGAGCCGUCGCGUCGCGGAGACCUGUUGCUGCUGGGCGGGGACGCCGAGAAGGCAGACUGCCUCAUGUCGCAACUAGCUGGAUUGGUGCAGGACGAGUUUGAUCAGGUUCUUCGAACACCAUCCCUGGAUCUGAUGGAGGACACGGAUCGGUCGGAACUGACGGUUCUGAGCCUCGUCGAUGAUCGAGAUGUCACUGAUGCCAGCCUAAGCGGGCUGCGGAGACUGAUUACGACCAGCAAGCGGGUUUUAUGGGUCACACGUGAGAAGACCGGUCAGCCGAACGAUGGACUGGCGAGAGGUCUUCUUCGCAGCAUCAUGGCCUCUGAAAGACCGUCCUGUCAGCUGCAGCUGCUACACAUCACAAAUCCGGCUGGAGUGUCAGCGGAAGUCCUGGCCACCGCCCUUGAACGCUUUAUUCAAGCCAGUGCAGCUCAGGAAAGUCCUAAUUCGUGCGGAUUGGGCAGCAUUGAGCCCGAGAUUGAAUAUGACGGCUCUAUGUUCCGCAUUCCUCGUCAAUACCACGACCAUUCUACUGGGCUGCGCCAUCUGGCCAGGCGGCAGAGGGUGACAGACUGUGUGGACCUCAGCCAGGGAGUGGUACAGAUUCUCCCCCCGGCCGCUGACCGGACUUGUGAAGGGUUCCGGCUUCUCUCGGUGGCUCAUCCGCCGGUAACCUCAGACGACGGAUCGACCGUUCAUCUGCGAGUACGACAUUCCACUCUCGCUGCAGUGCGGGUAGCAGGGGCCAUGUUCCUGCGGCUGGUCAUAGGGCGGGAGGUUAGCAGCAACAAGAGAAUGAUCGCUCUGUCGUCCCAUGUUGCAUCUCAGGUCAUUGUCCCGGAAUCCUGGGCGUGGUCAGUGCCGGACGCGGUGUCGGAAGCCCAAGAGCAUUCUUUUCUCCACGCCACAGCGGCUGCUCUGUUGGCGGGAUACCUGGUCGAACAAGUCCCACAAUUCGGGACGCUCGUGGUGCACGAGGCUGACCAGGUCCUCCAGUCCAUCUUCCACCAAAUACCGACCCGGCGCAAUCUUAAAGUCGUCUUCAGUACCAGCACAAGCAACCCGGACAAGGACAGACCAAUGCUGUUCUUGCACGAGCAUAGCACUGCGCGGCAAUUGUCUCAAGUACUUCCCUCAGAUGUAUCGGCGGUGGCUGUCUUGAAUCGCCGGGGACAGGGCAUAUACGACCGUAUGCUAUCGCGCUUGCCUGAGAACGCGACGCGGAUUCACAUAGACGAUCUUUACCUUGCCUCUGCAUCCAUAGGGCCGACUAACGGGCAUGAUUCAUCGCUCGUAGCCAAAGCCUUCAUAACCGCCUGCUUAGUGGCGUACACCGGCCGCGAGGCGUUCUCAUUAACCUCUGUGGAUUCGGUCCCGAUGGCUAAUGUUUCUGAGUACCCCACCACUCAUUGCCACCAAGGGAUUAUAGAUUGGGACUCUUCAACUCGGGUGCUAGCCCAGAUACCAACUGCCAGUUCCCAGGUACAGUUGUCAGAGAAGAAAACCUACAUACUCGUAGGACUCGCCAGCGAACUGGCCCGAAUGGCUUGUCUCUGGCUGGCAGCACACGGGGCGAAAUGGAUCCUACUCGCUAGCUCCCAUCCGGAGCCAGAUGCGUGGUGGUUGGAAGAAGUUUCUAGACGCGGAACGCGCAUCGCUCUUUCGACAAUAAACUCCAUCGACGGCGUUUCCGUCAGCAGUUUGCAUCAGAGAAUCGCCCAUCCGUUUCCCCCGGUAGUAGGAGGAGUGCUGAUUGAGCCCGGGCCACUGCCCGACUGCUCCUUGUCCCAGCUCACCGCGGGAGUACUCCAGAGCCAGCUGCAUCCGGUUUUGAGGGGGCUUCAGCUACUAGACGAGCUCCACGAGAGCCCAUCCCUGGACUUUUGGGUGCUCAUCGGAUCGAUUGCAGGAACGCUGGGCCACGCGGACCAGGCAAUGACCGCGGCUAUGUCCGAGAGGAUGGCCUCGCUGGUCCGCCACCGUCGGUCCCGGGGCAGGCCGGCGAGCCUGGUACAUCUGGGAGAGAUCCACGGCAUUGACAGCCCCUCUGCCAGGCCGCGUCCUUGGUGGGGUCCGGCGGUUGUAUCCCAGCGGGAUGUUGACGAAAUACUCGGCGAAGCGAUCCUAUGCGGGCGCCCAGGUUCCACUCGCAACGCCGAGUUCAUCGCAGGCCUUCGACAUCAGAGCUUGGAGACUGGUCGCAUGGCGUGUCCAGUGCCAAAGCUGUGGCCGUUCUACUCUCACACGGCCACCGCGAGCCAGGAUCAAACGCCUCCGUCGCUUGAGCCCCAGUCGACCAAAGAUCUUGUGGCCGCGGCGACCAGCCGGGAGGAAAAGGCUGAAGCAAUCGCGAGCCGUCUUAUGGAGAAGAUCCGGGCCAGAUUGAAUCUAACUGUAGAUGCACCGCUCUCCCCCGACACGCUGAUCCCGGAGCUCGGAGUCGACUCGCUUAUCGCCGUUGAGCUGCGUCGGUGGUUUACAAAAGAAUUGACCGUCGACAUACCGAUUGUGUUGAUUCUCAGCGGUGCAUCUGUGGGCGAAUUGGCGUAUUCAGCCGCUUCGAAGCUCUGCAAUGACAACAUCGGGCUAUGUAAAUAG